CUCAGAGUCUGGCAUUGGAUAAAAUAUUUAGUAGCACCAGUGGAAAGCAGCUUGCUCACAAUUUCGGUGCAGAUAGCUAAUGUGGAGGUCUCUGAUCAUUUUCAGCCAGGAGCCAUCCUGAAGUGGGAAACCAAAUGCAGCGUGCUGUGUUGUAGGUCUCCUCUGAGGCUAACAUUUGGUCAGCUGGGUGGUGUUAGUGUUACGGUUCACUGGGGUAAUUUAACUGAGCAAGCAAGAUUGCUUCCUUGAAAGUGCCUGCUGUGCCGUGGAAAUGGCCAGUGGCUGCUCCUCACCACCCUGCCUGGUGGAGCAGCUCAGAGGCUGCUUGCUGUAUGGCUCCGCAUUUCAGACCCAUCCCUUCGUGAAGGCAGCUUCCGUCUAAAACCCCUCUCUGGUUUUGCCUUUCAGAUUGUCUAAUUCUACUGCUAACCAGCAAUACUGCCUGCAAUGGAGAGCACAGAGACAGGAGAAGAGGAAAUGUUGCGCUAUGAGGAAACAGAUGAUGAUGAUGUCAGUCCCACUGACCUUUCAGAGCUGCUGAAGGAGGGGACUAAGGAAUCCCAUGACCAUGCGGAGAACACCCAGUUUGUCAAAGACUUUCUGAAAGGACGGAUCAAGGAGGAGCUCUUCAAGCUGGCCACUGUGGCACUUUACUUCACGUACUCUGCUCUGGAAGAGGAAAUGGAUCGCAAUGAGGACAACCCGGUCUUUGCUCCUCUGUACUUCCCCCUAGAGCUUCACCGGAAAGAAGCGUUGAUCAAAGACCUGCAAUAUUUCUAUGGAGAAGACUGGAAAGAGAAGAUCCAGUGUUCAGAGGCAACUCAGCUAUAUGUGGACAGAAUCCAUCAUGUGGGACAGAAUGAGCCAGAGUUGCUAGUGGCUCAUGCUUACACACGUUAUAUGGGGGACCUCUCGGGUGGCCAAGUGCUGAAGAAGGUAGCCCAGAGAGCCCUCAAGUUGCCCAGUACUGAGGAAGGGAUCCAGUUCUAUGUGUUUGGUAACAUCUCCAAUGUGCAGCAGUUCAAGCAGCUCUACAGGGCAAGGAUGAACGCUUUGGACUUCGACAAGAACACCAAAGAAAGGAUUGUGGAAGAAGCCAACAGAGCCUUCAGAUUUAACAUGCAGGUGUUUGAUGAACUGGACAAGAUUGGCAAGUCACUGGCAGAAGCCCAAGAUGGAGGCCUUCCAGUCCACGAUGGAAAAGGAGACCUGCGCAAAUGCCCUUACUAUGCAGACAAGCUCGCAGGUAACGCAGGACCCAUCUGUCCCUACCAUGGCGCCAUGGCCCUGGCAAAGCAGCCCCUGGUGCAGCUGAUGCUGGCCGCCUGUGUCGCGGUGCUGGCAGGAGCUGCAGCCUGGUACAUGAUGUGAUGGGAGUAGUGGUCUGUGGCUCUGGUUGUGGGAAGGGGAGAGACACACCAUGUCCUUUUCCAGCUGUUCCCUUGCCAGUGCUGUUGACUGCAUGGUGGAAGUAAGAAAAUAAACAGGAAUCUUGUGGGACUGUUAAAGACUCUUUGCACACCGAUAAUGCAAGCACUGUAAUGUAAUGUCUUAGCUGACUAGUGUACAGGACUGAUGGUGUGAGGAUUCCCCUGCAGCACUUCCCUGCCCAAGCUGGGGCAGCUUUUAAGGCUGGAGCUGUCUUCUGCUGUACUGGCAAAGGCUUCACUCACUUGGAUUUCCAUCUCUUUCCUGGGAGCAGCUGCUGGAUGGAGUUUCCUGCUGUGGGCUGCAACCUUUGUCAGCCUUCUCAGUGAAGAGCACGAGGUAUCCUACCCUGAGGGAAACUGAAGUGUUGAUUGUGUGCUAUUAGCUCAAAUGCCUAUUUGUUUGUGUCACAGGGAUCCAGUUAACUGGAGUUAACUUCAGGGAGGAAGGUCCAUGGGGGACAGGACCAUUGGGGAUGGGGGUGAGGGAUGUCUGUUGUGCUGCAGUGGAGUUGGGUUGUUUUUUUUCUGAAGCCUUGACUAGAAUAAAAAGGUGCAAUGCU